CAUCAGUUUUUCUAUCAUUGUGUACCGAAAUCAGUUGAUACAAACAUGUUUCGUUUCGCACUCCUCGUCCUCGCCGUGCAGGCCUGCCUGCUCCAGAAUGUGUACAGCCAGUGCAUCGGCGCGGGCUGGCCGGCCGCCAUCGGCGCACCGUGCGGCUGCGGCGCCGAGCUGGUCGGCCCCCUCGGCCUGGGCAUCAGCUCCGCUGUCGGCCCUAUCGGUCUCGGAAUCGGCGGACCUCUCGGCAUGGGAAUCGGCCCGGCUUCUGUAGGUCCCCUCGGCAUCGGCAUCGCUAAUUGCGCUGGCCUGGGCAUGGCCGGUGCGGGUCCCGCCUACGGAGGCGUGGGUGUCGGCGAGGUAGCUGUGGCCGGGGAGCUGGGUGUGUCUGGUGCGACGGCGGUGGCAGGCCAGGUGCCCAUCCUAGGCGCGGUGGAGUUCUCCGGCGUGGUCCCCGCCGGCGGCACUGUCUCCAUUGCUGGUAGCUGCGGCUGCGGCUGCAACGGUCUCGCUGGACCCAGGAUCCUGUGAUUGAAUUGAUUGAGGCUCAAAAUUUGAAAAUAAAGGUGUCUUGAA